AUGCAGCUCCCAACUAACCUCCUCACCUUCCUCCUCACCACCUCCAGCUUCCUCUCCCUCAUCACCGCCACCCCCAUCGCCACGCCCUCCAAACAGUCCGCCAGCAAAACCAACCCCAUCAACUCCUCCAUCCCCGCCGACGACCCUAACACCAACCACAUCCACACCGAAACCGAAUCCGACCCUUCCGACCCCGCCAUCGCCUUCUUCUCCUCUCUCCCCCCUCCCAGUUCCCCACCAAACAUCUCACCCAACCCCUCCUCUCCCACCACCACCGGCCUCGUCCGUCCCUCCAAACGCUCAGGCAACAAAGACCACUGCCGCGGCGGCGGCUACUUCAACGCGACCUCCGCCGGCUCUCCCCUCGUCGACGACUGCAAGGUUAUUAUCCAAAACAUUUCCCCUCGCGGAGGCACCUGGCACUACAUGAGCGGCACGCAGCGGACGUUGGUCAGUCACGGGUCGUGUGCGCUGGGAAUCGAGAGCACGCCGGACGUGCCCAAGGGGUUGCAGACGUUGGUGGGCGAUUUGGAUAUUAGCGAGUGGAUCCAGAAGAGUAUCGACAAGUAUCAGUGGAAGGGGAGGGUGGGCAGUUAUGGGGAUACGCAGUGUGUUAGUCAGACGUUUAAGGGGGAUGAAUAUACUUUAAGAUGGGGGUUGUAUCAUUCUUGA